UUCGUUUCGUUUUCAUCGCCAUCUUUGAUGGUGUGAAACUGAAAGUACGUGAAAGAGUUUACAUAAAAAGAAUAUGUCAAGUACAAAAUAAAUUAGGUUUUAUUCAAUUUGAAUUAUAACUUUUGUGAGAACGUAUAACAUGGAGGCUACAUUGGAUGCGUCCUUAGUGGCGCAAUCCAUAAAUUACCAUGGGCAACAACUGCAAAAGACAUGGGAAUCCGAACGAGGUGAAGACGACUUAUCAAAAAUUGGCGUGGGUGGCUUGGAUUUCGCCGUCUAUCAGUCAAGACAUAAGCAUCUUACUUUUCAAGACCGGAGCAAGCGCCUCAAACUUCAUCAGUUUAUUGCCAAAGAAGCGAAUGCAUUGUUCGACGCAUCACUACUAGAGGAAGCUCCAUCAUCUUCGAGCUUAGGAAUAGAUUCUACAACACCAGAAGACAAUAUGUAUGCACUAAUGCCUCCGUUUGAAACAUUUUUAAAUGUAGACAAAUCAGCAAGGUUACGGCAUUUCUUUGAAAAUGUGAAGACGGGGGAACUGAUAAUUGGAGCGGUCAUCAACAGAACACAAUCUGGAAUGAUGCUCAAGGUGUUGUGCACUGCGGGUCCCACAUCCAGAUUUGUUGCAGAUAUCAAUGUCAAGGCUUUUCUACCGGUGGCAAAUAUCAUUCCUGCAGUGGACAAGAAAAAUGUGUCAAGAAACUACCUGAUGAAUGACACUGUUUGCUGUGAAGUAAUUGAAGUAAUCCCAGACACCGACAAAAUGGUGUGUGGCAUGAAAGGAGUAACUCGUGGCCCAGAAGACCCUCCGCCUAAGCCACCUCUCGGCCUUCUCAGCACCGAUGACUUUCCACUCAUAUACAAGAAAACCUUGGAAAUGAAAGGAGAAAACUAUGAAGCCAUAUUAGAGAAGAGCCCAGGCUUCAAUAACCCAAACUGCGUCCAAUAUCUCUCUGAACUCCUCGGCAUUGCCAAUAUGCAUUGCACCAAUUUUGCAUCUUUGAGAGGAGGAUUCCAAACUUCAGAAUAUGCAGAUGAACUUCGUCAAGCUCAAGCUAGCAAGUGGGCGUUCCGUUCUGUUGCUGAAGGAAUAGAACACUUCAAGGCUGGCCGACAUUCUGAAGCAUUCCAAUGUCUCAACAAAGCACUGAGUAUUGAUCCCAGAAAUGUGGAAGGACUUGUUGCCAGAGGGGCCUUGUAUGCAAAUAGUGGAACAUUUAAGAAAGCUAUAGAAGACUUUGAGACAUCAUUGAAAUUGAACCCCAACCAUGCUAAUGCUAGAAAAUACUUGGGAGAGACAUUAGUAGCACUUGGACGUAGCUAUGAAGACGAAAACAAAAUAACUGAAGCACAAAAAGCUUAUGAAGACUGUUUAGCUAUCAUCCCAUUCCAUGAAGAGGCACAAAACUCUCUAGAUUUCCUCAAGAGUAAAACAUCAACUACAAAACCAUUGAUUGAACCCGCUGAAUUGUUGCUACCUGGAUUAACAGGAGCAAAAUCAUUUGAAAUGAAAGAAACUCUUAAGCAGCUACUAAAUCUUACAGAGAAGAAAGACAAGAAGAAGAAAAAGAAACGAGGAAAAGGCAAGAAGAAAAGAUCCAGCAGUUCUUCAUCAUCAUCGAGUGACACUUCAAGCUCCAGUUCGUCUUCGGAGUCGUCGUCGUCAUCUUCUGAUUCUAGUGAUUCAGAAGAGCCGAACCGCAAGAAGAAGCGUCGCUCGCAGUCGAACAGCAAGCGGCAGCGGUCGCUGUCGCCGCUCAGCAAGCGCAUGGCCAUCCUGGGCGACGCGGACUCCGCCUCGCGCACACACAACUCCCAGUUUAAUCACCCCUACGGCUACCAACCCCCGCCUCCACCAAUGGAAGAGCCCACCAAUGUUCCCAUGCGUUCACAAGCUGAUUUGGAUUAUGAAAUGAAAGUACGCAAGUUCUUAGAAAUGACAAAAGAAGAUUCUGACUAUGAAGACAAAGUACGUAACUUCUUGGAAGAGACAGCUCAGUACAAGCGCAACCGCAAGAUGCAGGAGCUCGGCCAGCAGCCGCAGCCCGGCGCAGACCACGAUAAGAAAAAGAAGAAGAAGAAAGACAAGAAAAAGAAGAAGGAGUCUAAAAGGAAGCGUAAAGAGCAGGAGAGAGAAGAUAAAAGGAAAGCCAAGCUGGCGCGAUCCGCUGUCAAUAAUGCGGAAUACAGCUUACGUGAUCUGGAGAACAUUGGAGAUAAGAAACUGAGAGAUGCCAUUAGGAAGGAAUUGAAAGGAAAAUCUAAGAGGGACCUCAGUUCCGACGGGGAAUAUGAAAGAAAGCACAGUGAUAAGAGGUUGAUGGACGAUAUGCCGGGAUUGGACGACUUGGAGUCCAAGAUCAGCGCUUACCACGUGAUGGUAGAGAAGGAGGCGAUGAAACGCGACGGCCGCGCCUCCGUCAGCCCCAUCGACCAGGCCCCGCCGCCGCCGCUGGAGAAACCUAAGUGGAAGAUGUCCAUGAGUGCGGUUAAGGAAACUAGGGUUAAGAAGAAGGAUACGCCAGUACAGAAGGGCUACAAGGAACGUUACGCGUUUGAAGAUAGUUCUGAUGAGUCACAAGAGCAAACUAAGCCGUCACCUUCGAGUGGGGACAAGAACGUGUCUGUGCGACGCGCCAUGGCAAUGAAGGAGCCUUCCAGUGGUGGGGGCACGGGCAAGACACGCGAGCCUGACCCGCCCGGCACUGAACCCCCGCACCACCACCAGCACUCACAUCCCCCACCGGUGCGCAAAGGCAAUAUAGUGCUAGACAAAUUCGGUUCAUUCCGAUUGGCGCAGGAGGGCGAGACCCCGGUGUGUGUGGGCGACGCGCGACCUGAACAGUUCGUGACUCGCAUCAAGCCGCCCUCGCCCGCCGCCCGCCGCCCCCGCUCCCCGCCCUCGCCGCCCUCACCUCGCCGCCGCUCCUCCAACUCCUCCGAUGACGACCGCCGCUCACCCAAGCGCUCCCGCAGCAGGUCGCGGCCUCGCAAGUAUCGAUCUCGGUCCGGUUCACGGUCGAGAUCGGCGUCCACUGGUAGCGGGUCGCCCGCGUCGCGUCGCCGCCGGUCGCCCUCACCGCGCUCGCGGAGCCGCUCCGAUGCUAGCCGCUCAUACUACUCGCGCAGCCGGUCGCGCUCCCGCUCCGGAUCCAGGGACAGAAUGCGUCGCAAUAACCGGCGCGGCAACUGGCGCGGGCGCGGUGGCUUCGAGCGCGGUACGUACUACCGGCCACGCUUCCAUACGUACAACGGAAACAGCCGGGGCCGCGGCCGCGGAGACUUCCGUCGCGACGACGGCCGCCGCUUCCAGCCCGACUGGCGCGACAACCGCUCGCGCGGCGGACGACCCUUCCGCCCGCGUCGCGGCGGCGGUGGCAGGGGAAGACCUUUCAGAGGCGGGUUCCGUGACUUCCGCGAUCGGCGCGGCGGACGAUACUCGCGCUCGCGAAGCCCCGAACGCACGCGACGUUCGCGCUCCUACAGCCCCGAGCGACGCGACAAGGACAACAGGGACAGCUACUCUCGUUUGUCCGAACGCAACAGCCACCGCAGCGAGGGCGAGUACGAGGAGGAGCGCUACGUCGACCGCAAGGAGUACGACGGCAAGUGGGCAGACGGCAACGAGCCCGACAGGUCCCACCAAGAAGAGAAGGCCCCCGAGGAACCACCCAAAGAAUAGUACCACAAAAACCCCUUCACUCUUACCCCCGACUUACAUGUUUCCUGUUAAGAUUAGUUUUUAAAAUUAUGCUUUAAGGUGCUUACAGAUUUAAACAUAAGUUUCAUUUAAUGUAGGAAUUUAAAUUGUAAAUAUAUAAGUGGCUACAAAUGUAACAAUUCAUAUUG